GAGCCUUCCCCCCGCCCCCCCCGCCGCAGUUUUCUGGGGCCCAGGUGGUGAAUCGGUGCGAGCAGUCGUCUAGGACCCGCACAUUGUCUCUGGCGCCGUGGUCGGAGGUGGUGGGUGUUCUGACAGUUGUAGUGUGCGAAAGGAGCCUUCCUCCCACGCGCGCUGAGGCCGCGGUGGACCCUGGGGAGUGCAGUUGUCUGGAGCCAGCGGCCUGGUCCGCGGGUUCGGUCACUGAGGCUCCGGAAGCCGCCGUUUUCGCUCCCGACGCAGACCUGAGAGUUUGGGAUUCUUGGGCCGGAGCUCUCCCACUCCACGCUGCGUUGUUCUCGGCCCUGCAGUGAGCCAUGUCUCAGCUAUUUCUUCAGGAAUGGAGACGAGUGUGAUAAACAUGAGAAUGCAUGCAUCGUUUCAAGAGUACGGCUGCUAUCUGCUACAGCCAGUUAUCAAGAAGAAAUUCUUGCCAAAUCAUGGGCUCAGUGACAUUCAGAGAUGUGGCUAUAGACUUCUCCCAGGAGGAGUGGGAAUGGCUUCAGCCUGCUCAACGAGACUUGUACAGACACGUCAUGCUGGAGAACUACAGCCACCUGGUCUCACUGGCAGGUGUUACUAUAUCCAAGCCAGACGUGGUGUCCUUGUUGGAGCAAGGGAAAGAGCCCUGGCUCGGGAAAGAUGUGAGAACAGAUUUAUUUUCAGAGUCAAAUGGUGUGGUCACAGGGUUUUCUCCAAAAAGUGUUAUAUAUGAAGAUGACUCAUCCCAGUAUUUGAUAAAGGAGAGGAUUCUGAGCCACAACCCUGAACAUUCCUGUUUUAAAGGGAGCUGGAAAUGCGAGGAUGUUACUGAGAUGCUGCAAAGAAAUCAGGGAUGUAUCAGGCAAGUGACAGUCUCUCAUCAAGAAGCUCUGUCUCAACCUAGUAUCAAUGCUAUGGAGAGGCCCUAUGGGUGUCACGAAUGUGGAAAAACUUUCAAUCGGCGUUUUUCCCUGGUGUUACAUCAGAGAACUCACACUGGAGAGAAACCAUAUGUAUGUAAGGAAUGUGGCAAAACCUUUAGUCAGAUCUCAAAUCUUGUGAAACAUCAGAUGAUACAUACUGGAAAGAAACCCCAUGAAUGUAAAGACUGUAGUAAAACAUUCAGUUACCUUUCAUUCCUCAUUGAACACCAGAGGACACAUACUGGGGAGAAACCCUAUGAAUGUACUGAAUGUGGGAAGGCCUUUAGCCGUGCCUCAAACCUCACCCGACAUCAGAGAAUUCACAUAGGAAAGAAACAAUAUAUGUGUAGGAAAUGUGGGAAAGCCUUUAGCAGUGGCUCAGAACUCAUUCGUCAUCAGAUCACACACACUGGAGAGAAACCUUACGAAUGCAUUGAAUGUGGGAAGUCAUUUCGCCGUUCUUCACACCUUACUCGGCAUCAGAGCAUUCACACUACCAAAACCCCCUAUGAAUGUAACGACUGUAGGAAAGCCUUCCGUUGCCACUCAUUCCUUAUUAAGCAUCAGAGAAUUCACACUGGAGAAAAGCUCUAUGAGUGUCAUGAAUGUGGUAAAGUUUUCACAUGGCAUGCAUCCCUUGUACAGCAUAUGAAAAUUCAUACUGGAGAGAAACCUUAUGCAUGUACUGAAUGUGACAAAACCUUUAGUCGGAGCUUCUCCCUCAUUCUACAUCAAAUAACUCAUACUGGGGAGAAGCCCUAUGUAUGUAAGAUAUGCAAUAAAUCCUUCAGCUGGAGUUCAAACCUUGCUAAACAUCAGAGAACACACACUCUAGAGAACCCCUAUGAAUAUGAAAAUUCAUUUAAUUACCACUCAUUCCUUACUGAACACCACGGAAUUCACACUGUUGAGAAAACCUAAAAAUGUAUGGAUUUAAAAACGUAGGAGCUAACGC